AAGAUGCCAGCCCCAUCACUGAACGACUCCUGCGUACGAGCCUGCAUCAGGAAUAUCCGCAGCCUCAAUGAUGUCGGAUCCUUCGAGUAUUGGAAAAUUAAGCCCGUCCUUGCACGAAUCACUUCCCCCGAACAGCUGCACACCAUCGAAUUGAACUCUCCUCAGAUUCGAGGCGAAGAUGCUGAACUAUGGCAAGCAUUCAUUGCUCGGGACAUUCCAAAUUGGAAGCAGAAAGGUUAUGUUCCUAAGAAUCCGCUGAAGUGGUAUGAGGUCUAUUGCAAGUACAAGAAGGAACAGCGCAUGGAGGUCCAGCGUGAUGAGGAGUUAUUGAAAGAGCGAAUGAUGGGACUACAGAAAGCGAGACAGAGUCAUGUCUCGAAGGUCGUAGACUUGAGGACCCUUCCAAAGGUUCCCAAAGAUCCGUAUAUGAUGGCCAACAAUGGAGGAGUACCACUAAAGAAAAAUCCAUGGGGGAAGAAAGAGCCUUCCGGCUUUUUGAACUUCAGUUCGGGCAGCAGGACGAAGUUGACGGAUGCAAAGAGCGUGCUUACCCGCGCGAGGAGAGAAGCAAAAGAGAUUGGCCAGAUGAGCAAGUUGAGUAGGCCUACGCAUCAGUUGUCGGGAAAAAUUGGCCAAGUCAAGAAGGCGCCGGCAGGCAUGUCGAAGGAGUACCAGAUCGCUGCUCAGCCAGCAUUGAGAAUCCUGUCUCACAGACAUGUUCAACUUAAGAACGAAAGUGCCACUAGAGGACCCAGUCUAGAAGAGAGGGAAGCGAGGCUAAAGGCUGCUAUGUCGUCGGUUACCAGGGGAUAUGCUUCGAACGAUGUCAGGGAGACUCUGGUCGGUUCCUCGGAUGACGAUCUCAACGACUAUGAUGAAGAGGAUGGAGAUGACUUGUUCGAUGAACCAGCGGAAAAG